AUGCGAACAUUGGAAUGGGAUAAUAUGAGAGUGAAAGUCGAUGGCCGGCAGUUACACCAUAUUCGCUUUGCUGAUGACAACGCCUUUAUAGCACCAAAAAUCAGCCAAGCGAAACAUAUGCUUGACGACUUUGAUAAAGCCUGUGGAAAGAUUGGUCUUCGACUAAAUCUCACAAAAACGGUGUUCAUGAAGAACGAAUUGGUUUCGCAUGCUCCAUUCACGCUCAACGGAACGAAUUUCUCCGAAUGCUCCAUUGAUAUCUAUCUAGGUCGGGAAAUCAAUGUGUUGAACGACCUAACUCCAGAGCUGAGCAGAAUUAAACAAUCGGCUUGGAAAGCUUUCAAGAGCAUCGAGGAUGUAGUGAAGAGAACAAGGAACACCCAACUCCAUGCCCGCGUUUACGACUCAACGGUGCUUCCUGCCCUAACGUAUGCUUCAGAAACCUGGUCGCUGAGUAAGCAGGAUGAAAGGUCACUCGACGUUAACGAACGCACAGUCAAAAGGGCGAUGCCAGGAGUAUCCCAUUCCAAGCUAGUAAGUGAUGGGAUACGAAGCUACGAACUGCGUCAACUAUCAAGAAUCAAAGAUACCGUUUUGUACGCCAAACAGCUGAAGAUAAGGUGUGCCGACCAUGUAAUGUGUAUGAAUAACAACCGAUGGGCAAGAGCCGUUUGA